AUGGCUUGUUUUUUGGCACAAGCCAUUGUUACGAAUGUAACAGGAAAAUUAUCUCACAGUGAAUUACUUAAGACUUUACAAACUGAAAAAUUUUCUUUGAUUGUUGAUGAAAGCACAGACAAAUAAACAAUAAAACACUUGCUUAUUGCCAGAACAGCAGAUUUUACAAAAGAUGUAUACAAUUAUAUCCAAAAUAGCCCAAAACUUCUACACCCAGCUCAAACAAGAUGGUUGUCUCUACUUCCUGUGGUCAAACGGCUUUUAGAACAGCUUCCAGCUUUAAUGUUAUAUGCUAUAUUUCCAAAAUGCUGUUUUGAAUGGCAGGCUACUUGCAGCUCAGACCAUCCAUGUGAAGUCUAUGGAUCCUUCAACAGAGCUAUACUUAAAUUUUUUGGAUUAUGUGUUGCCCUAUUUCCAUGA